AGCGCAGUCUUGUUUUUGUAGUGUGUUCUGUAAGCAGCAGCACGUGUCUCUGUGUAUAUAAUACCCCAGGGUUCCAGCUGUUUGAGUUUAUAAUCACGACGUGGUUUGGUUGGGGUGUGAACGCUCAUGUGCGUUUGCUCUUGGCUUCUCCUUGAGUCCUCACUUUCGGGCAAGCCGGGUGGCCUAAUAAGGAAUAUGAAUCUAAGUGGGCCGUGAAGUCCUUCACACUCAGGCACGUCUUGCUGAUGCACAUAUUGACGUUUUACACACUGCGCUAGCUUAUUAGACUUUAGACCUAAACCUAUAUAUUUUUUUUACAAAUUCAUGAAGGCGGUUAGAGUUAAAAGGAUGCACGCGUGUUUGCCCAUAACUACACACACACGUAACUAAGUUACUGCAAGGUAGUCUUGUUCUAAACCCUUCCUAAAGAUGCAACACCCCAUAACUAGGCUUAACAGUCACAUCGUAUUGUUUGGUUGAAACAACCCAUCUGGUUGAGCUUCAAGUGUGCACGGUCGGUAGAUUAUUUAUCCCGUAUUCCUCACUCAGGGUCACAACGGCUAGACCUUUCUUGGCGGGAAAAUUGGAGGAACCGAACAGCGUACAGCUAUUCCCUGCUGAGGAGCGGGCGACGAACAAUCGUUGUCAGGUCCUGAAACGAGAUGAGACGGCACAGGCUUUGGGGUUGUUUGAUGCUGGUUACAGUUUUCGUCUUUUACGCCAGUGAUGUCAGUGGCGAGCAGAGUGAAGACCGGUCAAGAUGGCUGGAAAGCAGAAGAAAGCAGGAGUACAACAUCAGAGCAGCUGGAAGGCAUCCGCACCGGACAUUACGAGGAAUACCAGAAAGGAGAAUUGGCCGUCGGUUCCACAUAAUAGACGAAGGUGUUAAUGAAGGCAGAUCAAGAAGAUUAGGGACCAGAAGAAGGCAAGAGCGAAAUGAAGGCAGGUCAAGAAGAUUAGGGAUCAGAAGAAGGCAAGAGCGAAAUGAAGGCAGGUCAAGAAGAUUAGGGAUCAGAAGAAGGCCAGAUCAGCGGCUUUACGAGUACGAUGGUAGUGGAAGGACCUAUAGGAAUUCAAGAAGAAGAGGUCGUCAGUUCCACGAAGUAGAUGAAGGGAUUUAUCAUCAGGAAAGGUCACAUCCACGUGCCUGCCACAAAUCGAGUUGCUAUCCAGCUGUGGGAAACUUGCUGAUUGGCCGAGAGAAAUACUUAAAGGCGUCUUCAACAUGUGGAAAAAAGAGAAAAGAACGAUUUUGCAUUGUUAGUCAUUUGAAAGAAAGAAAAAAGUGCUUUAUUUGUGAUUCACGACGUCGUAGAAAGUCUCAUGAGAUUGAAAAUAUAGUUUCUAGGAUUGGUGGCACCCGUUUGAAAUGGUGGCAAGCAGAAAAUGGCAAGGAAGAUGUGACUAUCCAGCUGGACCUGGAGGCAGAAUUCCAUUUCACUCAUCUCAUCAUAUUGUUUAAAACAUUUAGACCUGCUGCCAUGCUUAUUGAAAGGUCUCAUGACUUUGGAAGAACAUGGAAAGUGUACCAGUAUUUUGCCUACAACUGUGCUGAAUCCUUCCCAGGAAUACCACUUGGACCUAGACAAAGAGUGGGUGAUGUAGUCUGUGACAAUAGAUAUUCUGGGGUUGCUCCAUCUACUGAGGGAGAGGUAAUAUUUAAAGUUCUACCUCCGAACAUCGAAGUUGCUAAUCCUUACAGUCCUGAAGUUCAAGAUCUUUUAAAAAUGACAAAUUUACGAAUUAACUUUACUAAACUCCAUACACUCGGAGACAGCCUUCUGGACUCAAGUAAACACAUUAAAAUGAAAUACUACUAUGCUAUCUAUGAGAUGGUUGUAAGAGGGAGUUGUUCUUGUUAUGGCCAUGCUAGUCAGUGUGUAGCAGAACGUGGACAAGCUGCAGAGCCUGAUAUUGUUUAUGGAAAAUGUCAGUGCACUCACUAUACCAAAGGUUUAAAUUGUGAACAGUGUCAAGACUUGUACAAUGAUUUGCCAUGGAAGCCUGCAAUUGGUAACAUGACAAAUGCCUGUAAAAAAUGUAAUUGUAAUGAACAUGCUGCCAAAUGUCACUUUGACCCAGCAGUAUGGGAAUCAACUGGUAGAGUGAGUGGAGGUGUGUGUGAUGGCUGUCAACACAAUACAGUUGGUAGAAACUGUGAACAGUGCAAAGCAUUUUAUUUCCAGGAUCCCAGACGUCAAAUAACAGACCCAAGUAUAUGUCAACCAUGUGACUGUGAUCCCCGUGGGUCUUUAGAGGAAGGUAAUUGUGAGCCUCGAAGUGAUCCAGCUAAUGGGAUUAUGGCAGGAACAUGUUACUGUAAGAGCAAUGUUGAAGGAAGACGAUGUGAUCACUGCAAGAAUGGAUUUUGGAAAUUUAGACUUGAUAAUCCUAAUGGAUGUGAACCUUGCAGUUGCAAUAUGUUGGGUAUCGUUGGGAACCAGGGCUGUAAUGAAUUCAGCGGAGAAUGUACCUGUAAAAGGAAUGUUAUUGGAAGACAUUGUGAUCAGUGUUUGUCUGAAUUCUGGGGGCUUGGCUCUGAUGAAGUUGGCUGUAAACCAUGCAGUUGUGAUCCCGGUGGGGCAUAUGACAGUAACUGUGAUGUAGUGAAUGGACAAUGUCGCUGUAGACCACAUGUUAUUGGACGACAGUGUGACAAACCAGAACCAGGCUAUUUUGCUGGGAACCUAGAUUACCUUGUGUAUGAAGCUGAACUUACAAGAGGCUGUCGAAAUUGCCAAGUAAAUGUCAGAGAACCAGAACCUGGUAAAAGACCAACAUGGACAGGACUUGGCUUUAUGAAGGUGUAUGAAGGAUCCAGUUUAACAUUUAAUAUUAGCAAUAUUCCUCAAACUCUGGAAUAUGGUAUUGCCAUCCGCUAUGAACACAAGCAUCCUAUGGAUUGGGAAAAAGCUAUAGUAAUCAUUGAAAGACCAGGUCCGAUUGAUCAGACAGGUCCAUGUGCUAAUACAAAACCAACAGAUGAUAUAAUGACAGUUAGGUUACCCCAAAGAGAGAGGUAUGUUGUAGUGUAUCCCAAGGCUUGUCUAGAAAAAGGAAAGGGGUACCAGGUUCGGCUUGAAUUAGAGUAUUAUAAUCGACAAAAAGAUAGUCCCCAUGCUGUUGUUUACAUUGAUUCUCUUGCACUGAUACCUCAGAUUGAUAGGAUUCCAUUUUUCAAUGAAAUUCCUGGAGGUGACAAACACCGAGAAGAAUUUCAAAGAUUUCGCUGUGGAGAAGUUUUUUUUUCUGUCUCUGACAGAGAUCCACCAGAAGUAUGCAAAAAGUUUUUAUACAGCAUCAGUUUCUUUGUAUUUGGGGGAGGUCUAAAGUGUGAUUGUGAUCUUACUGGCUCCUUGAGUGAGCAGUGUGACCCAUUGGGAGGCCAGUGUCAGUGUAAGCCAAAUGUUGUAGGUAGAAGAUGUGAUCGAUGUGCUCCUGGUACAUUUGGCUUUGGUCCAAAAGGAUGUGCAUCAUGCAGCUGCCAUAAUAUUGGCUCUGUGGAUAACUUUUGUGACAUGGAGACAGGACAGUGUCGUUGUCGUAUUAACACUUAUGGUCAGCAUUGUGAUGAAUGCCAACCUGGUUUCUGGAAUUACCCCAACUGUAGACUUUGUGAAUGUAAUGGUCAUACAGAGAUCUGUGACUCUAGGACUGGAUAUUGUUUGGAAUGUGAGAGUUUUACUACAGGACCAAAAUGUGAUAGAUGUAUAUCAGGUUACUAUGGUGACCCCAGAAUUGAAGUGAACAUACCAUGCCAACCCUGUCCUUGCCCUGGGACUGCAGAAAGUGGAUUAAAUCAUGCUCGAGGUUGUUAUCUGGAUGUACAUACGCAAAAGGUCAUUUGUCAUUGUGAAGAAGGAUACAAAGGUGAAAGGUGUGAUAAAUGUGCUGAUAAUUACUAUGGAAAUCCAACUGCGCCUGGAAGCAGAUGUCAGAGGUGCAUGUGCAAUGAUAACAUUGACAUCACAGUUCCUGGAAGCUGUGACUCUGUAACAGGAGAAUGUCUUCUUUGCAUGUUCAACACUGAAGGGCCUCAUUGUGAAUAUUGUAAAAAAGGACAUUAUGGAAAUGCCACUCAGCAUAACUGUCCAGCUUGUGUAUGUAACCCUUUGGGAACUGACCCUACUGUUGACCACUGCAACUCAAUAACUGGCCAGUGUACUUGCUUGCCCAAUGUUAUCGGAAAAGCUUGUGACCAAUGUUCUCCCAAUCAUUGGAACUUAAGCAGUGGAGAAGGAUGUAAAUCAUGUAGUUGUGACCCAAAGGGGUCAUUAUCAGAAGACUGCAAUGAGUUUGAUGGCCAGUGCCUUUGCAAAAAAGGACGUGGAGGUAGGACUUGCAGUGAAUGUGAAGACUACUAUUGGGGUGACCCGGAAGUGCAGUGUUUCCCAUGUAAAUGUGAUUUUGAGGGAGCUGCUUCCAUGCAGUGUAGACAUUCUGAUGGUAUGUGUUUCUGUAAAAAGGGGGUAAUUGGAAAGUACUGUGAUCAGUGUGAACGAGGAUAUUUAGGAACAGCACCAAACUGUAAUCACUGUGGAGAAUGUUUUGACAAAUGGGACAAUACCAUACUAGACUUAAAAGAUCAAACAUUGAUGCUGAUUGAAAAGUUCAAAGAAGUGAAUGACACUGGAACAACAGGACUGUACACCAAAGAAUUUGAAGAAAUGGAAAGAAAACUCAAUGAAGUACGGUUAAUCUUAGCUGGAGAAAAUGUAACAAAACUUGACACUAGUGAAAUAGAAGAUCUUUUAAACCUAAUUAAAACGAACUUAACACACAGUGAAGCUCAGUUAAAAGACACUAAAGUUAAGCUGGAUAACACAACACAAAGGAUAUAUGAUGCUGAACUUGCCCUAACGGACUUGAGGAGGCGAGGUGAUAAUCUAGAAAAGGAUGCAGAAAACCUAAAGAACAAUGCAACACAACUACAAGAAGCUGAUAUUGAGGGAGCUUUCAACAUAACUAAGCAAGCUCAGACAAAGUCUGAAGCAGCAGAAGAACAAGUAGGAGUUGCCCAAACUGUCCUUGACCAGUCUGCCAGGUUGAGGUACGAGACUGAAGAGCUAUUGGAGCAGGAAGAAAUUUACUUCAAUAGAACGUAUGAUGAAAAUGUAGAACUUUUGACAAAUAUUUCUGAUGAAGUAUCCUCUAUAGAUGCUGGUAUAGCUGACAUUAAUAGAAUAGUGUGUGAUGGAAGUGGAACUGUUGACAACUGUGACCUUCUCUGUGGUGGAGCUGGUUGCAGAAAAUGUGGAGGAAUCAGCUGUAGCAAAGGAGCUGUUACACUAGUUAAAAACGCCCUUGAUUUAGCUAAGGAAGCAGAAGACAUCAUAGUUGUUAAAGAAGCAGCUGCAGAUGAUUUGCUAAACAAGAUGGAGAAAUUGAAUACACUCACAAACGAAGCUUUGAAAGAAGCAAGUGAUGCUUUUGACAGAGCUAAAAAUGCUGAACGCCAGUCAGGAAAUACAUCAGCAGAUAUUGUAAAUCUAUUGAAUCGAAUUGAGGAGUUUCUUUCUGCCGAGGGAGCAAGGCCUGCAGAAAUUAGAAUCUUAGCUGAAGAGUGUCUGAGUCUUCAAAUGUCUCUUGGUCCAGAAGAAAUUGAAAACCUAGCACAUGAAAUCACUGAGAUUGUUAAGAAUCUGACCAAUAUUGAUGCAAUUUUAAAUGACACAGCAAAAGAUCGUAAACUAGCAAAAGAUCUUGAAGAUCGAGCAGUCAGUGCAAAAAAUGAUGCUGAUGCCAUUCUAGAAAGAGCCAAAGAUGUCCAGAAAGCAGUUGAAGAAGCUAAAAAGUUUCAGGACCAAGCAAGUACAGCUAUCAGCACAUCUAAGGAGGACAUUGCAACUGCAGAAAAAGAUCUUGCAGAGAUUGAGAAUCAAACUCAAGAAACUAAGAUUAUAACUGAAAAUUCACUUAAGGAAGUUGACACUAUGAAAGACCAAUAUGAUGAACUCCACAAAAAAUAUUUAAAAAAUCAACGUUCUCUGCAAAAAGCUGUACAGGAGACAAUAAAUGCUACAGACUUAGCCAAAAAAGCAGACAGUGAUGCUCAGCUGCUAGAGGAGAACUAUAACAAAACAAAGGAUCUUCUGGAUGAGAAAGCUUUAGAAAGUGACAAGAUAAAAGCUCGUACAGAAGAACUUAAGAAAAAAGCUAAAGAAUUAGCUGAGCUAGCAACUAAAAAAUACCAGGAUUUAAGAAAACUGGAAAGUGACUUUGAGAGGAACAACCAAACUCUGACCAGAUAUGAAGAGACACUGGAUAAACUGCUAAAGGAAUCAGAAGAAGCUCUUGCUGUAAUCAAAGCACGAAGUCAGAAGUACAGAGAAUGUACUUAAAAUGCUUUAAAUGAAAGAAACGUAGAAUCCUCACAGUGUUAAGUUAGGCAAGUCAGGUUUUUGGGGAAAUAAAAAGUGAGAAGGAAAGUUAUUGUCAUAUAGCUACACACAUUAAAUGUUAUAAAGUGCCAAUUCUAGUGUGUUGUGACUUUUGUAGGCAUUGAGUAGAGCAGCUGUAAAAUUAAGCUGCUUGUUUUUACCUGGUGUAGAAACUGCUUAUCAAACACUGCCAUAAUACAAACUUAGUAGAAAUUUUAUCAAAACCUGUUUCUGAUAAAAGAGGAGGAACUAUGCAGAUGUGCAUUUAUUUUUGUCUUUUUGAAACUACAAGAAGAAUUGGUACUAAUGCAAUGGAGUAGAUGGCUUAGAAAAGGAACUUAUUCCAUUAAAAAAAGCUAGCACGACUUGUUAAAUGAUGUCAGAGAUGCAAAAAAAACUGAAUUUAUUUAUAAUUCUGGAAAAACUACUGAAACAUUAUGCCAAUCAUUCUUUAGGUCAUAUUAGUCUAUUGUGUUGUUGAUCAAAGGAAAUAACAUUUAAAUUAAGUAUCAAAGAGAGAUCAUAAUUUGUGCCAACAACUAAUAUUAAAAAAAAAAAGUACAAAAGUAGUAUGCACUUGAUCUGUACAAUUAUUUCACCAUUGGCAACUAUGUAUGUCAUUUUCUCUUACCAUUUCAGUUAUAAAAGAGUUUGAAUCGGAUCAAAUGUCGGCCAGUAAUUGUUUAUUAAGAUGAAAAAUUUUACUUUGCACAUACUGGCAAUAAAAUCUGAUAACCAAAUCUUAUUCCUCUUUAAUGUUUUUUUUUUUAUCCAAUAUGUUUUUCAAGUAUUAUAUUAAGUUAGUAAAGUUACAUGUAAUGCAGAAAGUUAUACAAAUUUAGUGAAAAUGCCUUAUAAACACAUGACUAUGUUUACAGGCAUAGAAACUUUACAGCCUUUCAUUUAUAUUUUGUAGUGUUUAAUUUUGAAGUAGUACUUUAAUUUCAAAAAAAAAAAUGCUUUGCAUAUGGUUUGAAAUUAUUAGUGAACUUUACUUGGAACUUGAAAUAUUUAAACUGUUGAAAACAGCUAUAUUUAUAUUGUAUUGUUACUUAAGUUUAAGGGUUUUCUUUAUGUACGUAAGUGUAAUUAAAAUCAAAUUGUAAAAGUACAAUAUGGCCAUCAUGCAGCUGAUUUAUAGAACAUAUUAAACAAUGUACCAAGUAGCUACUAAAAGCUUCUGUGUUUCUACACGAUGAAGUAUCACAGAAUUGAAAAAACACUAGGGUUAACAGGUUUAAGGCAUAUUAAAAAUGAUAAAAGAAGAAAACAAAAAUACAAGUUUUUACCUCAAACAAUAAAAUUAAUAGAAACAAGAUGCAUGACGAAAAUAUAUGUUGGAUAAAACAAAAGUACGUAAGAAAUAUAAUACAAAAAAGUCCAUUUUGGGUACACUAGGAAAUAGAACAUUUUCUUUUGAACUUUGUUUAUAAUGAUUUAUCAGAUUUAGUAAUAAAUAUGUUUUCAAAAUUGAUAUAUUCCACAAUGUACAAAAUUUUUUGAUGAAAAGAAUAACUUUUCCUUGUUUUAUAGAUAUAAAACUUCUGAAAUGAAAACACGUUUCACUUAAUUUAUUAGUUCAGAACAACUACAAGAAGAUUGUGAUGAAUGUUAGUCACUUCCUUAAAAUAUAGCUUUUGCCACUUUCUCUCUUCUAUUUGUAAACUUCUCAUUAUUAUUAUUAGAUGCAAGGAAUAAUAUUAGUUAGUUCCUUAAGAUAUAAUUUUUAGUACUUUUCUUAUAAACUUAAUAAUAAUGUGACAAGAUAUGUUGUUUCCAGUAACAAAUUUAAAAAUGGAGUUGGUAGGUAGGGCUGUUUUUUUUUUAAUAUACAAAAUUACUUUAAAUUUCAAGAUUCCAAAACUUGAAUGAGCACAGAAAAUCAGAAUUGGGUUUCAUGAAACUUUUUCUUGUGUGUGGACUGAGUGAACUCAAUCUCCAAUAUAAUUUUUCUCCAAGAGUCAUUCAGCAAUUGCUACUUUAUCUCGCUAAAUAUUUAUUAUCAUGACAUCACCAAAACAAGACAUAUUGACUGAAAAAAAAAAAGAUUAUUACUAAAGUUCUUUAAUGCAUGUCCACCUUUCAAAAGUAAUAUAAAACAGCCCUAUUAGUUGUUACUGUGUGCUUUAUCUGUACUUAAAAGUGCAGAUAAUUCUAGAUUACCUUGAUUGUAGUUGUAUAUAGAUAUUUUAAUUUUCUAAAUUAAUAAUCACAUUCAAACAAAUUUCUUUACAGACUUUUAUUAAAUAAUGCGUGUGUUGUUGUUAUGUUAUUUUGUACAGGAAAUGUAUCCACGAAAACAAGAACAUAUUUAAUCUAAUACAUCGUUAAAAGGAUCACCAAGUUUUGUUUGAACUUACUUUUCAAUGUCGAUUACAUACCAUUUUUAGUUUCAGUUUUUUUGCAUUUAAAAGUAAAUUAUAUUCCUAUUAAUUUGCAUGUCAAUUCAAAUACUGUAGGUUAAUAUAUUUGUAGGAGUAUUAUAAUUUUAUCAGGUUUAAAAAAUAACUUUCACAAAAACUGCUACUUUUAAUAUUCUGAAGUUAAUAAAAUCUGUAGAAAUUGACCAUACAAUUAAAUAUGUUACUUGAUCAAUCACUUUAGAUUCAAAUAACAGAAUAAAUGCUUUAUUUAUAAAGCUUAAAACUUGCCUAUUGAGAAAAAUAAACCAUCCUGUAUGUACAAACAGAAAUUAUAUAAUUGUUUCUUCCCAAUGUUUUUCUUUUUCAAACUAUUUAUCAAUUUUUACAUCUAAACUCAUCUCUUGUUUAAUAGGAAUAUUUUGUCUUCUGUUUCAUGUUUUAAAGUAAGGUUGUUAUAUGGCUUUAGGUAUUAAUGUUGCUUUGUAAGCAAGUCUGUGUACAGGAAACAUUAACUGCAUAUUUUCUAUUCAAAUAGUUUGUUAAUACUUACAAAAUAAAUAUGGUGCCACCUAAUAAACAGAUGUUCACUUUAGGUACACAAGAAAGAUUUUCCCUUUUUUUCUGUCUGCAAGACAAAUUACAAUAUGGGCCAUCAAAAUAGUAUCACCAAAUUUUUAAGACUGGUGGACACUUGAUGGCUACCUACAGAAAUUAAAUUUCAAUAUAAAAAGAUUUUCAACAGUAACACAAGUUUCUGUAUCUGUCAAGUUUCAGUAAGUUUUAAAGAAUUCCUCCUGCCUUUGCAUAUAUUAGAAACAAACAAAAACCAAAUCAACAUACAACCAAAAAUGCUACUCCUUCAAAUAUCUUUAAAAAAAUGGUACCUUAACUUCAGUGAAUUAGUCUUGUGAUGAAAUAACAAAUUAAAUUAUAAUAUUACAUAAUCUUAGUGCUAUUACAAUAUUUCACAUUUAAAUUACACUACAUAUUUUAUCAGCUUGCUGUCUUAGAAGUAGCAUUGAUAAAGGUUUUUGGCUUUUCUUGGAUACAAGAUAUUUAACUGCAUUAUUUUGUAAAUGAAAAGAUAAAGUUCUUGAAACUAUUUAUGUAACUUGACAACUAAGUUUUAUUUGGGUGAAAGUUCUUUUAUAGCAUCAAAUGAAAGAAGAGCAAUUUUCUGAAGUGUUUAAAAAACCAAAGAUAGAGAUGUUGUAUACUUUACAAUUAGCUGUUCUUUCAAAACUCGCCAUACUUAAAUUGUGUAGUGUUUGAUUUAAUGUUAAGCAAAACAUUCUGGAAAUGUACUU